CAACCCACCAAGAAAUUCCCAACCCAAAAUCACUUUCCUUCUUCUCUUAAACAACUAGAAAAAACCUUCCAAAAUUAUGGAUUUCCAAAGCCAAAAACUAUGUUCCGCUAAACACAAUAAAAGGAGGCUGAACCAAGAGCAAGUGAGGUUGCUAGAGAAAAGUUUCAGUGCCAACAAGAAGCUGGAACCUGAGCUCAAGCUUCACCUUGCUAACCAGCUUGGAGUUCCUCCAAGACAAGUAGCAAUUUGGUACCAAAACAAGCGAGCCCGGUGGAAGACACAAAGCUUGGAACUUGACUACAACACACUCCAAGUGAAACUAGAGAAUGCACUGUCCGAAAAAAGGAGGCUGGAGAAAGAUGUUAAGUAUCUUCAAGAAGAGUUAAGGAAAGCUCAAUGGAUGAUGUUUGCUAUGAAUAACCAAAGAGAUAAUCAUCAUCAUCAUCAAUAUCAUCAACACCAUCACCCUCCUAAUUUUGUUUCUUGCAAUUCAACAGGGUCUAGUGAAGGAGGAAGCUCUAGCUUUCAUGAAAAUACUGUCCAUGAUCAUGAAAUUUUGCAAAUUGAUGAACUCUAUGCUUGUUUGGUUGGUGCUGAUAGGUCAACUUGGAGCUAAGGUGGUUG